AGUAGCUGUUUCAAAGUGGAGGUUUUCAGCACAGUCCCCCUUGCCAAGAAAUUUAAACAUUUCCUCAUAUAUAGAACUAUUUGCUCUGUAUAAAAGGGGUACAAGAGCUUGCAUUCAGAAACAGAUCCAGAGGAGAAGCUAAGUCGGUUUGCACAAAAAUAUGGCUGCCUGGAUUGGCUUUCAGCUGGUUCUGACAUGCCUGGCUGUCAUGUCUAUGGAGAGAGGAAUCCACGGAGAAGAGACAGAAGUCAGCUGCUGUGCACAGCUGAAGGGAUUAUCGCAAUGUGGAGCAGACAAGGUCUUUCUCCAAGGCCAAGCAGGUAUCCCAGGAAUUCCCGGUGUGCCAGGAACAAAUGGAUUGCCUGGGAUGAAGGGUGACCCUGGCCCUCAGGGGCCCCCAGGUGAGCCAAUGCCUAUCUGGGCUGGAGAUCUGGGACUGGCAGAUGCAGCAGCUUUUUUGCUGUGUUACAUUAUUAAUAAUGGGAAUCAGACACAGAAUGCUUUUGGAAGAGAGAAGGUUCUUGGAACUAUUGUUUAA